GAAAUACCAAGCUCACAGUACGGGAAGAUGCCGACAGCCAAGAAACCACCACCACCGACACGGAAAUCGGCCGUAUCCGCCGUCGUCACACCUCGAGAUACUCCUGAAGGCACACCUGGACCCGGUAACCCCAACGUGAUCAACCAGUACGAGUGGGUGCACAAUCCAUUACCCUUCAAGAACCCCGCCUACGCUACCAUCAAGGCCAAGAAUUCACGGUCGAAGAAGACGGUGAAACAGAUCCUCACCUUGGAACAGACUCGGGGAAUGAACCUGCCCGAAGGGGGUGAAGGGUCGGGGACGGCGACUCCGGACAAGGUCAAGCGGCCGAGAGGAGCGAAUCUGAUCGGGAGGGGGAAGAGGAAAAAGGUCGAGAUCGAGGAAGAGUCUGUCACGCCGAGCGAACCGGAUGUGGAUGUGGAUAUGGACAAGGAGAAGGAUCAGGCGACCAACGCACAGGACACGUCGGAGCCUGCAGUACCGAAGAGAGAGGUCAUCUCCUACCUUACAUCCCAAGCUCCGCCAUCACUACUGCCCGCCAAAAAGUACUGCGACAUCACCGGCCUCCCAGCCAAGUACACGGACCCGAAGACGAGGUUGCAUUUCAGGGGUCUCGAGGUGUUGGACGUGAUCAGGGGGAUGGGCCCGGGGCAGGAACAGUUGUACCUGGCAUUACGGGGAGCUCAGCAGACGUUGAUGUAGAGCAGGAUGGAGAGAGCUGCACAGAGAUGCUUUCGGAGUCAAGCUGUUGUAUAUGGGAUCAAUCACCAUGGUAUACGCCAUGACCGGCAGGAGGAGGAUACGACGAUGUAUGCCGAGUGCUAACAUCUGACCGAAAGUUGGGC